AUGGAUAAUAAAAUCCAAGAAGAAGAGAAGGUGAAAAUAAUAGACAAUAAAAAAUAUCAUCAACAAGAAUCAAAAUUCAACGAACAUGAUCAUGAAAAUUCUUUAUCUUCAUCAUCCGCUGAAGAAGAAGAAAACGAAAAUAGUGCUGAACAACAAUUUAUUAAUUACAUUACAUCUCAUUUAUCCGAUCAUUUGACAGUAGAAGAACGAUCUGAUUAUUUACAAAAAGUAUUAUCACAAUGGAGAAAACAUCGAAAACACACACAAGAAGAGCAACAAAUGUAUAAAAAGUAUAUUAAAACCAUAAAGGAAAAUUAUCUAGGUACAAAUUCAUUAUUACCGUCUGUUCAUCCAUUAUACCAAUUUCAGAAUUGGAAAUUAAAUCCAAAAUUAAUACAAGCUAUUAAUGAGAAUAACUUUGAUAGUGUACUUGUUCAGGUACAUCCUGGCAUUUAUACAUUUGAAUGUUUUGAUGAAGAAUUUUGUCAACAAUUGAUAGCUGAAAUAAAUCAUUUUGAAAAGUGGUGUCUUGAAAAUGGAAUUAGAGUUCAACGACCAAAUUCUAUGAAUAAUUAUGGCGCUAUAUUAGAUAAUUUUGGAUUUGAACCAUGUUUACAAGACUUAAUGACACACAUUGUUGAACCGUUAGCCAAACAUGUUUAUUCAUAUAUAACACCACCAUUAGAUUCACAUCAUGGAUUUGUUGUUGAAUAUAGUAUGAAUAAAGAUAAAAAAUUGGAUUUUCAUGUCGAUAAUGCUGAUGUAACAUUAAAUGUUUGCCUUGGCCAAGAAUUUACCGGUGGUCAACUGUAUUUUGGAGGUGUUCGUUGUCAAGAACAUGUUCAAACUCCAAGUUUACCAAAUGAAGAUUUUUAUUUUGAUCAUAAAAUUGGUUACGGUGUUUUACAUGUUGGAAAACAUCGACAUCGUGCAUGUGAAAUAACAAGUGGAACGAGAUUAAAUUUAAUACUUUGGUGUCUUUCAUCAAAGUUUCAAGCGGAAAAUUGUGGAAACCAUAAAAUGUGUUACAAAUGGUGCGCUUAUCAUCAAAUCAAUGAAUGUUUUCACAAAAACAGCCAUGUGAAACAUGAUUAA